AUGUCGAUCGAGAAUAUGCCGGAUGGACGAUAUUCCGCAAAGAGGCGGAAGCUCAGCCACGAUUUGCAAGAGGAUGAUGUUCACCUCACCGAAGCUUCUCCUAGUCCCGAUGACGGCGGCGAUGGUUCACACAACCUCUCAAGGAAUGGUCUUGCCUCAAAGGGACCACCCCAGAAACCAGCUGCGAAGCCUGCUGUGCUGCCGACUGGGGGCAUCAACAAAUCAGCUAUUCUAGGACUCCAAGUAGCUGAUCUGGACGCCGAAGUGACGCCAAACUAUGACAACCUCCGAUCUAAAUGGAGCUCUCUCUCAAACAAGCUGGUAUCACUUAUCAAAGACAUACAGGACGUUCCGCCUAUCAAUGCAACGGAUGCUGUAAAGUCGCUUCGGAAACAAGGAAUAAGCAUUCCGUUUCCGCAGCCACAGCCAUCGAAAGAUACAAACUACAAGUUCAGCUUUGUACCUCCAAAGCAAGUCCUGGUCGGUGGCGCUCUACCAUGGAGUCUGAGUCUGAAGGAUGAGAAUGCCAUAGAGAUCACAGCUAUUGUACCCGAUGGCAUCUUGCAGGAGAAGGACUAUCUCAACAACAGGGUAUGCCACAAGGCUGCAUUCUACCUUGCUUGCAUUGCUUCCGCAAUCAAGAACAAUGAAGAACUUGACUUCAGUAUCUCCUUUGCACACAAGCACGACAUCGAUCUCUUACCGGUCAUUGAUCUCGUUGCUAAGGACACAGGUCUAUCAAAAUUUAAGUUCCAGAUUGCUGUGGGUUUCAAUAACCAUUCGAUACCCAUAGCAAAGACACUACCUUCGAAGAAUUGUCUUAGGCAAGAAAUGCUAGGAAGCAAAGAACAAAGUGGCACAGCUUCUCCGUUCUACAACAGUGCCAUUCGGUACGCGGCAUCCAUUUCAGCCUUUGACCAACUCAUCCGAUCGACGAGGAGUCCGUCCUUUGAUGAAGCAUGCCGGAUUGGCCAACUCUGGCUUCGACAACGAGGAUUUUCCAGUUCCGCCCGCUCAGGAGGGUUCGGCUUUUUGGAGUGGACCGUGGUAUGCGCACUGUUAACGCGGACAGGAGGUCAUCGCGGCCAUCCAUUGUUCUCCAAACAGUACAGCAGCAUACAAUUCUUCAAGGCUAUGCUCCAGAUCCUGGGUGGAAGAGAUCUGCAGGAACCCAUGCUUCUCAAUGGUGCGAAUUUCGAGCUCCCGCGCUCGGACGUCCCAGUUCUCUACGACGGAGAGACGGGUGUCAACAUCCUCUACAAGAUGUCUCCUUGGUCAUAUGCAUCCCUGCGUCACCACGCUCAAGUCUCCUUGGCGGCGCUCAAUUCUCGCAACCAGGACGGGUUCGACGCAACGUUUGUGCUGAAUGUCGCAGUACCGUUACUGCAGUACGACGAGAUGUAUUCUGUUAAAAUAUCUGGUGACCGGAUCAGGACUCCUGCAGAUCAGCGACAACUCGUGCAAAGAAUGCACAAAGUCCUGCAAAAAGGACUGGGUGACAGGAUUACUUUGGUCGACUUCAAGCUUCCCCCAGAUUCAGGCUGGCCACUGAACAAGGACCCACCUCCCCAAGAAGAGGAUCUGGAGCUGCAAGUUGCGUUGCUCACUAACCCGGAGAAUGUCGACCGCCUUGUCGACCGCGGCCCAUCCGCCGAUGAACAGGAAGAAGCUACCGAAUUCCGCGAGUUCUGGGGCGAAAAGGCAGAGUUGCGCCGAUUCAAGGACGGUAGCAUAUCUGAAAGUCUAGUCUGGACAGGAGACCGGCCGGCGACGGUACAAAUCAUCGCCCAUCUCGCAGCUCUACAUUUCAAGUUGCCGCCGAGCUCGCUCGCAAUCAGGAGACGGAAUCUAGAGUCCAGCGUCUUGGAGGACAGCAACCACACAUCAGGCUUUACGAUCAAGGAGGCUUUUCGUGCUAUCAACUCGACGUUCCAGACCUUGACGUCCAGUCUGCACAAUCUCGAAGGCCUUCCUCUGCCCAUCCGCUCAAUUUCUCCCGCGGACGCUGCGCUACGUUCGAGCUCUACGCUCCAUCCAUUGCUCCCAUUAACUUCGUCUCCCAUCGAGAUCAUUGUCCAGUUUGACUCCUCCACAAGAUGGCCAGACUCUCUCCCAGCCAUCCAAUAUACCAAAAUUGCUUUCCUUCUUAAACUUUCCGAGCUGCUGAGCUCAAACGAUCCAGGUCUCGCUACCCGGGUAGGAAUUGAAAACACAGAGUCUGCCAGCACGGGCUACUUCAAUACUUCGUUCCUGGACAUUAUUUAUCCUUCGCCGGCCCCUGGAAUCAGUCCAACCUGCUUCCGAGCGCGAAUUUACCAUGAUCGGGAAGCUCACCUCAUCCAGACUGCCUUAGCGGACAAAUCACUGCAUGGCGCCCUUAGAGACUCCCUCGCAUUGGCUCUCGCUACAUACAAACGCGACUUCCAGGCAAAACCGAUUCAUACGACAGCGAUUCGCAACCUGAUCACCCGGUUUCCACCUCUGUCAAGUACAAUCCGCCUGCUGAAGAAAUGGGUGUCAUCCCAUCUCCUCCUUCACGAACAUAUCCCCGAGGAAAUCCUUGAACUCAUCGCCGCUCAUAUCUUCCUCCAGCCCGCGCCGUGGAGUGCACCGGGGUCUGCAACGACGGCGUUCCUGCGAUGCCUACACUUCUUUUCGAGAUGGGACUGGGCAUACUCACCGUUAAUGAUCGAUGUGAGUGUCUCGCAAGACUCCUUGACCGCCGCACGAAUCGCGGAGAUCCAAACCCGUUUCGAGGCGUGGAGGAAGUUGGAUCCACAGAUGAACAACGUCGUCUGGUUCGUGGGCACGAACGUCGACACGACCGGGUCCGUGUGGACCGUCAACGGCCACCCUCCGCGCGUAGUCGCGGGUCGACUCACCGCAUUGGCUCGCGCAGCGAUCGGACUGAUCGAGCGCAAGGGUACCAGCAUGACGGAAGACGAGUGGAACGGCCUCUUCGAGAGCCCGCUGGGAGAUUUUGAUUUUCUGAUUCACUUGAAACACUCGGUCGUACUUCGCGGUGGCGCUGGUGGUCUCAAGGCCAAACGGUCCAAAGCCAAGUCCGGAGUCGCUGGAGGAGGCGAAGCAGAGUUCAAGAACCUCCAGAUCGCCGAGAGUCUGGACGUCGACUCGAUCGGCUACGACCCCGUCGAACUGUAUCUGAGUGACCUCAACCACGCAUUCGGGUCGGCUGCCCUGUUCUUCUACGACCGCUAUGGUGGUGGACGACCGGUCAUUGCGGGACUGUGGCGGCCGGCCGUUUUGGGGCGGAAGGAGUGGCGGGUCAGAUUGGGCUGGUCGAGCGUGCCUGUCAAACCUGAGGGAGAGGCUGAACAAGGAAAGGACAUGUGUGUGUUCAACAGGGAUGGAGUGCUGGCGGAGAUGGCGAGGUUGGGAGAAGGUCUCGUCAGGGAGAUCAAGGUCAAAGAGUGA